AUGACUAGUAUUACUAUCCUGGAUGAACCUGCACCACCACCUCCAGAACCAGCAGCAGCCCCAGCUCCAACCCCAUCGCCACAACCGGAGCCAGCGCCAGCACCAGCACCAGAACCCGCACCACCAGCUCCAACACCAUCGCCAGAACCAACGGCAGCAGCACCCCCUGCUGAAGGAGCUCCUCCAGCAGAGGGUGCACCUGCACCUCCAGCCGAGGGCGCCGCACCCCCAGCCGGCGCACCUGCACCAGCGGAAGGAGCUCCAGCAGCACCUCCAGCGGAAGGAGCUGCACCAGCCCCAGCAGAAGGAGCUGCCCCAGCCCCAGCCCCAGCCGAAGCAGCGCCCCCAGCAGAGGCUGCACCCGCACCCGCGCCCGCUGACGCACCGCCAUCGUAACUUCGUCGAAGUUGGAACGGACGAAGGGUCACCUCGCCAUAUGAUUUCCACUCGUUAACGUCUGAAUUUGCAUAAAAUCGUACACGGAUAAUCAUAGAGUACGGAUACACACGCGUCGAGCCGUACGAUUCUCGGCUUGAUGGUUCAUACGUUGCUUGUCAUCGUCUUCAUUCAUCGUCAUCAUCAUCGUCGUCAUCGUAAUCAUUGUUUCUCGUCAUGUUAUGCGUCAUGCUGUACCUCGAGGAACGAAGGCAAAAAACAGCGGCGCGAUAAAGAAAUCCGGAAAGAAAAGAAAGAUAGAAAUGAACGUUUGUGCGAUUACGUGUUUUGCCUCGUUCCUCCAUUGUCGUUCAAAGUAAAUCGAGAAUCAUCACGGGGUGCCUGACCAGUUUCGCUCGUUUUACCUAAUUAUAGGAAAAACUAAUAAUAGGCCAGUGUUGAAAGAUAAAAAAAAAGGAAUAAAUGCAAAAGGGCCUUGAUCGUGAUAAAAAGCGUUCGUCUCAUUACUUCACUUUUUCUAUCGACCGAAAUCGAACGAUCUGAAUCGACAUGAAAUUAUUCUUUUUAUUGUAAAUAAUUCACGACGCGUUUUAUCGAAAUGCAGAUAUCAUGAACACAAUUGGAUUUCGUAAUAAAAGACAACUUUUC